AUGUCGAAGGAGGAGGAGGUGGCUUUCGAUCUCCCUGAAGAUGUUCUAGUCAAGAUUCUGUGCCGGUUGCCGGUCAAAUCUUUGAUCCGAUUCACUUGUGUCUCGAAACGGUGGCGUUCUGUUAUCAUUUCCACUUGCAUCUCAGACGAGAACCCUCUCCGUCCACGACUCCUCCUCUGCACUUAUGUUCUAGAUUAUUGUUCCGUAUUUGAAUGGCAACCCUCUCGAUUUGAGUGUUUAGGAGACUUGGACAUGCCCUGUUUCGGAGAUAAUUCAUUGGUUCACCGUCCUGGAUUUGUAUGGGAACCUUCUCGACUCACCGUCCCGCCGGAGGUCAAAUCCGGAAGCAUAAUGGCCUCAUGCAAUGGUUUGGUGGUUCUAGGCGAAUUAUUCCAUAGCUCUUACACGAAUUUGUGCGUGUGGAACCCAUCAACUGGAUUCUUCUGCAAAAUACCUAGUCCAGAGUUUUCGAUGAUUGUCUCUGUAAGUUGGGGUUUUGGUCAUGUCAUGGCCACUGAUGACUACAAACUCGUUUUCUUUGUACCCAUAUAUUUUACAGUUCACAUAUUUUCAACCAGGGAUAGCUCAUGGAAAGUUAUCAGAGGUCCUAACACAUCAUUCCCCCGCUGUGAUGGCAAGGCUCUUGUAGUUUCUAAUGGAGCAAUUCAUUGGGUGAGUGCUGGGAUCGGGGAGCCUGCUAUCUCUGCUUUUGAUUUGGCAGACGAGGAGUUCCGACAAUUGCCAUUGCCUCGUGCUUUGAUCCAAAAUGAAGAUAUCAUGAAUGCAAGACCGAUAGGAACUCAUGUUCUCAAAGAAGGAUGUCUUUCUGUAUGGUCACAUGGUGAAUUUUGGGCGAUGAAAGAGUAUGCGGUCCCUGAAUCUUGGGUUAAACUGUUUCAGUUUAGUGUGCUCGAUUUACCAGAUGUGUCUACUUUACCGUAUGGUUGUUCUCCUGUUUUUGUUACGGAAGGCGGUACAGUUGUGAUCCGCCUUGCCAACGGGUUUGUCAGAUUCGAAUGUCGCAGAGAAGAGAAACCUGUCUGUAGUGGCCGGUAUGAGAUUGAGGGUGGUGCGAGGAAGGGUUAUUCUCAAUAUGAUGUGACGGUAUAUGAUGAAACUCUACUUUCGGUAUAG